CAGGGAAGUCGUUCAAGAUUUAGUACAUGCCUCCAAAGAAAAAGGCCGGAAAGAAAAGCGGAAAUAAUGCCUCGACCUCUUCAAAGUCUAAAACACCGACUGUCGUUGAUGGCGUUUCAACAACAGAAAUGACAAAGGAAGAAUUAGAAGAACACAUUAUGCGUCUUCGAGAAGAGCUCGAAAGAGAAAGGGAGGAAAGAAAUUACUUUCAGCUAGAACGCGACAAAGUGAAUAUGUUUUGGGAAAUAUCCAAACAGCAACUCGAAGACCGUUCAGCCGAACUUAGAAAUAAGGAGCGUGAAAUGGAAGAAUCAGAAGAGAGGCAUCAACUAGAAUUGAAAGUUUACAGACAAAAAGUCAAACAUCUACUUUAUGAACAUCAAAAUAAUAUCUCAGAGUUGAAAGCAGACACUGCAACUGCUAUUCGAAUCAACCAAGAAGAACAUUCAAAAGUUCAGGGACUGUUGAGGCAGGAUGAACAAAACUUAAAGGUCAAGCUAAGAGAAACUCAGUUUUUUGGUGAGGAUUACGUAAGAACUCUGAAGAAAGAACAUGAACAUGAAAUGCAUGAAAUAAGAAAAGAUUUUGAAAGAAAAAUGGAAGAACAGAAAAAGAUAUAUAUGAAAAACACGAAGGAACUUAGAGAGAAGCUUGAUCUUCAAAGAAAGAAUGAACUACAUGAAACAGAGGAGAGAAAGAAUAAUCAUAUAAAUGCUCUUAUGCGUAGUCAUGAGAAAUCAUAUGCAGAGAUGAAAAAUUACUAUAAUGAUAUCACUUUAAAUAAUUUAGCUCUAAUAAGCACACUUAAGGAACAACUGGAGGAAAGAAAAAAGAAUGAAGAGCGCUUAGAACGUCGAGCAAAUGAGAUUAUGGCUGAGAACCGCCGUCUGGAAGAGCCGUUAAAAAAAGCUAGAGAAGAGAACAUCGAAAUGAAAAGACAAUUGGAUAAUUAUGAAAAAGAUAAAAUUGUUUUGAAACAAACGAAACUUUUGUUAAAAACUUGUGAGAAAGAAAAGAAACAUACCGAAUGGAAAUAUGAUAUUCUGGAACAACAAUUUAAAGACAUUGAAAAUGAACGUAAUGAUUUAUAUGAGAAAUUUGUACUAGCUAUUCAAGAAGUUCAACAGAAAUGUGGAUUAAAGAAUAUAUUGUUGGAGAAACGUUUGACUGCACUAACCGAAACAAUUGAAAAGAAAGAGGCACAGUUAAGUGAAGUUUUAUCAGCAAGUAAUUUAGAUCCCAUCUCUAUGGCCACAGUAUCGAGGAGAUUAGGCGAUAUUUUAGAUUCUAAAAAUGGUACCAUUAAAGAACUUCAGUAUGAAUUGGCAAGAGUUUGUAAGGCACACAAUGAUCUUUUAUUAGCAUGUGAAGGCAAACUUCAACAGUUCGGUAUACCUGUUCAAGAGCUUGGUUUUCGACCACUAAAAACCAAAAUGAAUACACAGAAAUUGGGUCACGGACCAGCUGGUCUAGUGUCUGUACCACCGUAAUCGUAAGAAAGAAUGAAUAGAAUUCACUGUAAAAUUUUUGUAUGACAAACAAUAUAAACUGACAGCCUCAAAAUGAAACACUUGCUUUCCAUCAAUUUAGCCAAACAGUAAAGUACUAAUCAGAAGAUGACAUUUGAGUGAGUAAACUCAAUAAAAUAUUUCGAGAAAAAGAAAGCUCACGAUACACACAUCAUUUCAUACGAAAC